AUGUUUAGCAGUGAAAGUAUGUAAGAGCAUAUUUUGUAUGACAAAAUCUAUUAAUACCUAUGGGUUAAAUCGGAAACUGCCAACCCUCCUGCCAUUCUCAUUCCUGACACUGUCAUUCUUAUUCGUUCUAUGCCAAUCUAUUGGUAUUACACAGACAAAGAAACUGGAGAAAUCAAAAAGAAGAUGAGAAAGAAUGUCACCAAACAAAAUAUCAAGCAAACUUGGAAUCAGCAAGUGGGCAGAGGUGGUGUUGUAGCAUACCUUUUACAUUUUAUUGAUAACUUAGAUCUCAAUUACCCUCCAGAAAAGCUUCAAAUCAGUGGCUAAAUCCAAGUGAUAUACUUUGAUGUUGAAGGAUUCAAUAAAUUUAUGGAUGGGCACUUUGAAUUGCCAUUUGGUAUUCUAUAACAAUUCAUCGAACCAGCCGAUGAUCGCAAUUGUAAGCUAACAAAUCAUUAUUUCAUAGCCCAAAUCCAAGCCUUCUGGAGUAAAUCAGUCACUCUCUUCACCAAAAGAGUGUGCAAGAAAUCUUUCACCAAUAAGUCCAUGAACAUCUACGAACGACAUUGUACUUUCGAAGGACCUGAGUAUUUCAGUGAAGCAACUUAGGUGAAAGAUUUCUAAUCCCAAAGAAUCUCUGAACAAAUCGAUAAAAUGAUCUCUCAUCUAGAUGCCAUCUCCUAUGGCAAACUGAAUAUUUCGCAAGGAACUUUCUAUUUCAAAGUAGAUAAAAAAGCUAGGUGCUGGUUCCUCUUUUGCGGUAAUCUCAAAUUUGAAGACGACAAACAACUUAAGAAUCUACCCAAAGACCUAUAUACCUAGUCUCAAAUCAAAAUUCCUAAAUCAAUUGAUAAUUUGAUGUCAGUCUACAAUUCAAGACCUCUGCAAUUGAAUAGGGAGCACAAAUGUAUCAGAUGUGGUCAAUUGGAAAAGGGAUCAAACUUCGUGGAAGUCCCCUAUCAUUUCUUGAUCGAUUUACCUGAAAGUCCACUCCCUGUCGAACAGUGGCCUCUCGAAGUUAAGAAACAAGCCAAACAAGUCAAACUCAGUGGAGCCAACCAAGAAAAGGUGGCAUAUGUCAACACAGUCUCUUAAAUCCCCUUGACCUUUCAGAAAAUACAUGAACAAUUAAACAUCCAAAACUACAAAGAGUUCAAACAGUCUCAAGGAUUCAAGUAUAAAACAAUAGCAGUUUGCUUAGAUUGCUACUUCAUCAUGGUUGAAAACCAAGAAAAAAUUGCCAUGCAAGAAGUCACGAAUAAAGAGAAGAGCAGUAUGCCAAGAGUGAAAUCUAAGCAAUUUCAAAGAAAAGAACAGAGUCUUAAUCAAUUUCUCAACUCAACUCAAUUGAGCAAACAGAUAAAAUCUGUGAAGAACUUAUAAAUGAAGUAGGUGUGUUCAGAGACACCCACUCCUAAACAAAAUACCAUUCAAAAGUACGUUAGUCUUAGAUUGACUAAUUGCAAAUCAAUCACUCCCAUUAAAUAUUCUAUUGAAGUGCCUUCUACGGCUGAUUACUUGUCGAGGAAGACCAAAUCUACAUACUAAGAUAUGAGUUCGACCUACAAAUUCAAGAAUAGCAGGGAUAACUACAAUCAGUCAUUGCAAGAAAGACAACAAAAUAGAUUGAUAGAAAUAAAAGAUGAAUAAGAAUAAUGA